AUGGCGGCUGAGAAGCCACCUACCCAACCGCACAUUCUAAUUAUAGAAUCUACCUACGGAGUGCAAGUGCAUGAACCCCGCGAGGAACGUGAGGCUCGCUUCACUACUACAAUCCACAAGACGGUGGCCAGAGGCGGUCGGGUGCUGAUUCCGGUCUUUGCGCUGGGGCGAGCGCAGGAGCUGCUGCUGAUCCUGGAUGAGUACUGGAAGGCCCAUCCCGAACUUCACUCAAUCCCUAUCUACUACGCCUCUGCCUUGGCUAAGAAGUGCAUGAGCAUCUACCAGACAUACAUCCACAUGAUGAACGACAAGAUCAGGCGCGAGGCUGCCGUAAGCAACCCCUUUGUAUUCCAACACAUCUCUAAUCUGCGGUCAAUGGCUCAUUUCGACGAUGUGGGCCCAUGCGUCAUCAUGGCCUCUCCAG